AUGCAAGCACCACACAUUACUCAACCACCGAGUACAAAACCCUAUAUUGAAGAUUUAAUCAAUGAAAUUGCUACAAUUAUGCUUCAGUUUCAGCAAACUACCCAAGCAUCCAUCAAAAGUUUGGAGAAUCAAGUGGGACAACUAGCGACAUCAUAUAAUAGGUUGGAAGCUCAAUUUUCUAAUAAAUUUCCUUCACAUCCUGAGAAGAAUCCCAAGGAGAAUGUAAGUGCGAUAACACUACAAAGUGGUAUACAAUAUGAGCCACCCACACAACCUUCAUUGUCAGCUACAGUGCAAAAUCAAGUAGUAGACAACUUCAUCCAUGAUGAACCAUCAAUGCAGAAAAAGUCACAUAAACCAACUAUGCCUACCUAUGUCCCUCGUCCACCUUUUCCAAGAAGAUCAAAAAAGUUUAAGAAAGAGGAAGUUGACAAGGAGAUUCUUGAGACUUUUUGCAAAGUUGAGAAGUUGUGCACGAAUAAGAAGAAAUUGAAGGGUGAUGAAAAGAUAAGUGUGGGGGAGAACGUCCUUUCUGUUCUCCAAAAGAAGCUGCCACCAAAAUGCAAGGAUCUUGGAACCUUUACAAUUCCUUGUAUGAUUGGGAAUAAAGGAUUGAGCGAUGAGACAAAAUUUAUUGUUCAACUGGUCGAUCACACUAAUGUUUAUCCUUUAGGGGUAGUUGAAGAUGUGCUGGUGAAGGUUGAUGGCCUUGUCUUUCCAGCAGAUUGUUAUAUACUUGAAAUGGGGGAUGCAUCAAUACCCAAUCUGGCACUGGUUUUAUUUAGGGGGCCAUUUUUUAUGACAACAAAUACAAAGCUGGAUGUUAGAGCAGGAACACUGACAAUGGAAUUUGAUGGUGAAUUUAUCAAAUUCAAUGUGUUUGAUUCUCCUGGUAAGAUCAGAGGGAAUGAGACUUCGUUGAAAUACCCAACAUAA